AUGCCCUGGCAACCGUUGCCCCGCAUCGCCUUCGCCGUCGCGACCUACCCUUUCAGCACACAGGCCGACAACGAGCUCCCUCUCGAGAUUGGCGAUGACCUCUACAUCAUUGAAGAGACCCCCGACGGGCAAUGGCUGCGCGGAUACCUGUUAGCACCUCCCUCGCUACUGGCAGGUCUGACCUCGUCCAAAGGCCAAACCCUUGAGGCUCGUGUCUUCUCCGGCAUAUUCCCACGCAGCUGUGUUGAGAUACGCGAAGUGCUAGGCGAGGCCGAUGACAGCUCCUCAGACGACGGCAUAAGCGAGGAAGGGGAAGGGGACACGCAGCGAGUCGGCAGCGAUUCAGGCAAGAGUGGGAUUGUGUCGAGCGAGAAGAAGAGGAACAAAACUAGCGUCGUCAGUCCGGGAAGCAAGUCGAAGAAAUCAGAGAAAUCAGGCAAAUCAGAUGGACUGCGCUCGACAUCCGGCUCCAGCGGGCCAGACAGUGCCCAUGGCAGAUACUCUAUACCGAAGCGUGAACCUGGCGAGCCGAAACCCGCUGCACCUGUGCCGAUGCUCAAAAUUGGCGACGAGACGCCAACAUCGGCAUCCGAGCCGCUGAUAGACGAGAUUGCCUCGUGUCUACGCGAGUGGCACUCGACGAAUCUGCAUGAGCUGCUCCUCUCACGCCAAUACUCCAAACUGGAUAAGCUCUCCCAGCUGGUUCACUCUCUGGACCUGUCGCGACGCCAAUUCUUGCACAAUGUGCUCACGUCACAUGAAUACGAUGCCUUGCGCGAGAAGACGGUCUGGGACCUGGUUAAAGGCAACAAGCUCUGUGGAGGAGAGGUCAUAGUGCGGGAUCCAAAUGCCAAGGGGCGAGUCUUGACUGGAGAGGACUCGGUGGUGGAGAUAACCAAGUUGCAGUCUACCAUGAGUCUUUUGGAUGAGCCUCCACAGCCUCACAUAGAACUUACCGCUUUGCACCAUCUACUGGUCGAUGUAAGAAGUUUUGCCGGUUCCACCAACGAGGCGACAACUUUGGUAGUAUACCUGGUCAGUAAGCCCGUGGGAGGCUUUCCGGCAGCAUUGUCGGAAAGCUACAUAAUCGAGGUUCCAGCAGGUGGUACAAUGGGGCAUUUGGCCCGACACCAGAUGCGCACAUUGUUCACCGACUUGACAUCGGCGGAAAUUGGCGAUGCCCCCUCUUCCGACACAGAACUGUACCUGGUUGUCAAAGUUCGCGCUCCCCAACAAGUCGUUGUUGGCAAGCCAGAAUCGCGAUCUGGAACGGUCACCCAAGCCAUUACCGGAUUUUCCAAGGAGAAGCCACCAUCUUCUAGCGGAAGUAAGACUUCUAGGAGGAGUCUGAUGUGGGGGACUACGAGAUCUGCGUUUUCUAGAGGCGGAACAAAACUUGAUGCCCUUUCUGAACAAUCAGAGGAACGACCGACGACGAACCGGACGGAUAGCAGCAGAGACGGCCCCGCGCCCCCCAGCACGGCAGGAUCGAGAGGACCUCGCUCAUCGCUGGACGGUCCGCAGACUGUGAUGGCAGACAGGAUGGUGGGCAUGGGGGUCUUGAGGCUAAAUCCCAUCAUGAAGCAGGAGGAAGAGUCGGAACACGUCAUGACGGUUUGGGCACCGUCGUCUGAGAAGCAGGACAAUGGCGAAAACUGGGACGACCUGAUCAACCACCUCCUGGACAGCAAGUCCGGACAGUAUGAGAAAUCGAAACGGGCAGAACGCUUGCAAGUACAUCUAAAAUCGUUCAAUCAUCCCGACCCAGACGCGCUCAUCAAGGCAACACCAACGUUGCUAUCCGGCAUUUCCAAAACUCACAAGAUGGGCAUCUCUGGCGCGCCGACCAAGCCCAGAUCUGACAUCUACGUCACCAUCAACGAGGCCGUUCUUUCCCGGCAGAGCUUGAUGUCCCGCUUUGGGGGUAGCGCCACAACCAUAUCGAGCAGUAUGUUGGGAGCCAAUCUGAUCGUAACUGUGGAAGUUCGACGACAGUCAGGAGAGAGAAUUGAAGGUUGCAUAUAUCCUUCCUCCAACGCCGACGGCUUGACUACGUGGAAAUCAUUCGCGGUAGAGCGUGGAGAACCCUGGAACCAGACAUUACGGCUGUUGCUGUUGCCAACCGACGUACAAACAGCUCAUCUGGUGAUGACCGUGGCGGACCUGCCGAACGCUCCAUUCGCCGUUUCUUAUAUUCCGUUGUGGGACCAACAGGCGUUCAUGAGAGACGGGACGCACUCUCUCCUUCUCUACAAACUUGAUGAAUUCACCCAAACCGCCCUGCCUGGUCACUCUGGUCGAGGCGGAUAUCUCUCGCUUCCCUCCGGACCCCGCAGUGAUGCGAGUGACGUUACUGGACCACUCGCAAUGCUACGGAUAGAGAGUUUCUUGUGCAGUACAAGAUUUUCCCAAGAUAGAAUAGUCCUUGGGUUGCUCCGAUGGAAGGAUCAGCCCAAGGACGAUGUCCCGGAUUUACUGCGUCAAUCCAUUUUCGUGCCAGAGAUCGAGGUGGUGAAGCUCCUCAGCGACGUCCUCGAUGCGCUCUUCGGCAUCCUGGUUGAGUAUCAAGGCAACGAUGAGUAUGAAGACCUUGUCUUUACCGCCCUCGUCCGAGUACUUGGCAUAACCCAUGAUCGAAGGUUCAAUCUGGGGCCGGCAGUAGAUCAAUAUGCGGAAAACAAGUUCAACUACCCGUUCGCAACGCCUUGCCUCGUCAGGUCAUUCACGCGACUGCUCUCCAAACCGACGGAGCCGGAGACUGCAAGAAAGUUGCGGGCAACAUUAAAGGUUGUCCGUCACAUCUUGAAGUUCAUUACGCAUGCGAGAGGCCAACAAAAGCUGAAGGAAGCAGGCAUUGGCAUUACUGGCAGCACUCCGGGCUUCACUCGACAUUUGCAAACCAUCUUUAAGGCUCUGGAUUCUAUGAUGCGCAGUCAAGCCCCAGUACUUGUCGGCAGCCAGACGCUGGCCGUGCAACAUUUCCACACCUGGCUCCCCGAACUAACGGGUUUGCUCACCACUGAGGAGAUCUUGCACAUCGCCAUUGAUUUCAUGGACUCGUGUGCCACGGUCAAGGGCAAGCUGGUUCUAUACAAGCUCGUUUUGAUCAUCAACUACUCCAAACUGGAUCUAUUCUCCAACCCGGAACAACGAUCUGCCCUCAGCGCCAAUACUGUCCGGUGGAUUGCCCCUCACUGGGGACAGACGGAUGAGGUCUCCGAACAAUGGAAGGAGCAAGUACGACUAUGCUGCUCCGUGCUAGCAAGUCAAGUGAAGGAACUGGGACCCGAGAUCCCGGACUACAUUCCCAAGAUCAUUGACUCGUAUCUUGCCAUUCAGCAAACGGAAGUCGACCCGAAAUCCCGUCUGUCGCUUUUGUUCCCUUCCACGUACCCCUUCCCAAGCAAGCCGGCCAACGAGUCCGUGUUGUUCGAUGAGGCCCUCAUCGAGCUAUCCGCGAUCAUGUCGGAACUGUCAAAUUCCCCUAGCGGAAUGCAACUUGAGCUAGCCGACGACGAUUUGGCAUCUCUGAUACAGAACACACUACAAGUGCAUAUGAGCAUACUUCGGGGGGAUGCGUUCCCUGCGACUUGGCUGAGCGUACACAUUUUCCACCACAAGUCGACCAUGAAAAUUUUGCAGUACCUCGCUAGUAUCCUGCUGGAAUCCUUCCUGCCCCACCCAGACGAAGCUGAGAGCUUCAACACCGAACUCUGGAAAAUGUUCUUUACCACACUGCUCAAGCUCGUUGGCAGCAGCAGCUUGGCGCUGGAGACGUUCCCUGAGCAGAAGCGCAGAGCUGUCUGGAAAAUUGCCGGCGAUGUCAGAGAACAUGGCGCCGAGCUGCUCAGACGAUCGUGGGAGGCGAUUGGCUGGGAGACAAGUCCUGAUGAGCGAUCGAGAUACGGUCUCACCAAGAUGGGAGGUUACCAGGUGCAAUACGUGCCCACGCUUGUCGGUCCUAUCGUCGAACUCUGUUUGAGCGUGCACGAGGGAUUGAGGAAAAUGGCCGUCGAGGUCUUACAGACCAUGAUCGUAAGCGAGUGGACGUUGAGCGAGGAUCUUUCAGUCAUCCAAACCGAGAUGAUCGAUUACCUAGAUCUGUUCUUCAAAGACAAGCAGAUGACGGAGAGUAUUUUGCAGAAACUCUUCAUCAGCGAGCUGCUUGAGCGAUUUGAGCCCCUGUCACAAAUCAGUAACGAACCGUUGUACAAUGCGCUGCAAGAGCUCAUCAGUACUGUCGAUGAGUUUUUAGAUCUUCUCGUUGCUGUUCACAGUGGGGACAGCAGUACCGCGGCGUCUCAGCUCAUCAAUCGCUUGCGGCUUAUGGAGUUCCUACGCGAUAUGCAAAAGGAGGAGAUCUUUAUUCGUUAUGUACAUCAACUGGCCGUACUCCAAGCUGCGGCAGGUAAUCAUACCGAAGCCGGCUUGGCAUUACGCCUUCACGCAGAUCUGUACGAAUGGAACCCGGUUAGGGCUACCGCCGCAUUGAUAGAUCCAGAUCUACCCGCACAGUCGCACUUUGAGCGCAAGGAACGUAUCUACUUUGACAUGAUCAAACAUUUUGAGGAUGGUGAAGCUUGGAGCAGUGCUCUUGCGGCGUACAAGGAACUGCAGAACCAGUACGAGAGCAACGUUUUCGACUUCGCUAAGCUCGCUCGGACUCAGCGAGCUAUUGCCACCAUUUACGAAACCUUGGCCAAGAGCGACAAGCUGGUGCCGAAAUACUUCAAGGUCGUGUUCAAAGGUCUGGGCUUCCCCGCGAGCGUGCGGGAUAAGGAAUUCGUAUACGAGGGUUCGCCCACUGAGAGGACGUCUGCUUUCACGGAUCGCAUGCAGGAGCAGUAUCAGUCUGCCCAGAUUGUCACUUCGGGCGACAUCGACAGUGAGGCUGAAGGCCAGUUCUUGAUCAUCACGGCCAUCCAUCCUCAUCGCGAUUUAAGCCACCAUGUCUUCCAGCGGGCCAGAGUGCCGCAAGUUAUUCGCGACUACCUGCUGUCAACAAACCCCCAGUUGUUCUCCAUGUCGUCCAAACGCAACACAUCAGGUCUGGUUAUUGAGCACUAUGCGGAGAAGAUCGUGUAUACCACUGCCGAACCGUUCCCAACCAUUCUGCGCCGUAGCGAGAUCGUGGACGUUCAUGAAAUCAGGCUGAGUCCGAAAGAGACGGCUCUCGAGCGUGUUGUGCGCAAGACUCAGGAGAUGACGGCUGUGGAGAAGCGGCUGAACGACGGCGACGAAGAGGUUGCGCAGCUCCUCGUGGAUGCCAUCAGCAUAUCCGUGAACCCGAAUUCCGAGAACAGUGUCGUUUUCUAUCGACAAUUGAUUCCUACCGGCACCUCGGACGAAGACGAGGAAGAGGAAAUUGAGCUGGAUGAGCAAGAGACGGCAAUCAAGAUGGCUCUUGUUGACCAUGCCAUCAUGGUCAAGAGGUGUUUGACGAGCUUUUCGCGAAGCUCGAACAAGAUCCUCAGCAAGGCCUAUGGGGAUCUGUACCAACAUUUCGAGUCGACUUUCGCACCAGAAAUCGCCGUCUUUACUCCACCUCAGUCCAAUCGCGAGCCUGUCUCGGCCACACCAUCUCCCUCAUGGCGACGCUCAUCUCCCAUAACGGAACAAUCCCCUGUACAAAACCGGAGCCUCGGCGCUGCGUUUGCUAAUGGCAACAGCGUUGUAGAAGAAGCCUCUGCUGCGCAGCACGUGUCACUAAAGCAGCGCGGGACACGACUGAGCUUUUUAGGGGGUAGAAAAAAAGAAUCUAGAGAUUCCAACGAGGAUAGCAGUCAAGCGAAUGCCAGCGCCGAUACUGAUACGACCAGUCAGCACAGCCGCAGCAAAGAGAAUAGGAAAAGCUUCUUCCGUCCGCUGCCAAACGACAACCACAACAGUGUCUCUAUGUUCAAUCACCAGCACUACGGUAGCCAGCCAACACUUGAUAGCGCGCCACGCAAGAGCACCGAAAUAGUAGGCGUGGCCGAGAAGGGUCAAGACAGGGCUUUAGGCGGUGCGCCCAGGGUAGGCUCUGUACGCAAGAGACUGAGUUUGCUCAAGCUCGGCAAGAAGCCGAGCCGCCAGAAUGGCGGUUUUAUAGAAGGCAUGGAGGAGGAAUGA